AUGUUUGCAACAAGAUCAUUUGGUGUGGUCAAUAGAAUAGUAGUAGCUUCAACAGCAGCAACAACACCCAAAAAGAGCCACAUUAACCUAUACAACAGUUUAAUUAGCAACAUCAAGAGUAACAACAUCAACAUCAACAACAAUAACAAUAGUAUCAAUCAAUCAUCUUUGUUAUUAUCAUCAAUGUCAAGAAGAAAGAUUACAAAUGCAGGCAGUAAAGGAGGUCAGCAACAACAGCAGCAACAACAACAAGGAGGAGGAUCGAGCACAACACGUUUAUCACAAUGUGCACUUGCACUAAAGGAUUGCAAGUUCUACACAACCAAGCCUGGUAUCAAACCUGAGCCAUAUGUCGGUCCCCCACCCACCCUAAACGAGAUUGUCAAGUUGGACCUCUUGCAAAAGGAGUCACCCGAGACAAUCAAGGAAAUAUGGAUCAAAUAUCACGAAAACAAGGAUUCUAUCUGUGCCAUCAUUCCAGCCGAUGUCUAUUUAAAUUUAAAAAAGAGAGCUCAAGCAUGUCCAUUGUUUGUUUUCCCAUUGCCAGGUGACAAGGGAUACAUUUCGAUUCUUUAUCAAUACCAAGAGGACUAUUUUAUGUAUACCUAUUUGGACCAAUUCAAGAAACAUCAUGUUGACGCUGUCCCAUGGUUGUCAGCUGCACAUUACACAGAUUUAAUGGCUUCCAAAGGAAUUGUUUUAAUGAGAGCCGAUCCAAAUUUGGAAGUUUUAAAUACAAUUCAAGCACAAUAUUUAUACAGUCAAACACAAAUCUUUUUAAUGGAUGAUAGAAAGUUUAAUAUCAUGCAAAGAUUCACAUACAAUCCACAAAACUUUGAUUUCAAUAGCGUAUUACGCGAGAUUGAAGGUCAAAAGUCAUUAUUGGAGAUUGAUAACAGUAAAAACCCAUCCGCUGCAGCAGCAGCAACUGGAAAUGAAAAUACAACAACUUCUACAACUUCUACCUCUACCGCCACCAACACUACUAAACCAACUUCAACAACUCUGGAAAAUAAUAAUAAUAACAAUGUAUCUAAAGAACCAAAUACAAAUACUACUUCUACUUCUACUACUAGUACUAGUGCUACCACCACCACGACAGCCGCGAACAAGUGA